GAGCUAUGCCAAUCUAAAGUUGAAUGGGACGAAGAAUUAUCAAGACCUUCCAAAUCACCCUUCGUUUGAAACAUGGAAUAAACAGUUUGGAUUAUUCUGGGAUAAGAAUGGAAUCAACAAGUGCAAGGGAAGAAUUUCGAAUGCGGACAUUCCUGGCGAAACCAAACAUCCAAUUCUAUUGAACGCCAAAAAUAGAUUAACCGAGUUAAUUGUUAAGGAAUCCCACAAUCGUGUGUUUCACAACGGUGUUGAAGAGACACUUACAGAACUACGCUCGAGAUUUUGGAUAAUUCGUGGCAGACAAUUUAUAACGAAGUUAAUGCACAGGUGCGUGGUUUGCAAGAAAUAUGAAGGUAAACCCUAUUUCCUAACUGUCUGGGGCCAAAGCUGGGGGCUUUGCCAGAAUUUCGAACACAACGACAAGCACCCUUUGCCUCGACUGGAGUUAACUUUGCUGGACCGCUAUAUGUCAAGGAAUCAAAGAAGAGCAAGACACAAACAAAGACCUGGAUCGCCUUUUAUACAUGCGCUCUCACGAGAGCUCGCCAUUUGGAACUCGUUUCGGAUAUGACUGGUGAAUCUUUGCUGUUGUGUUUUCGACGAUUCUGUGCAAGGAGAGGACUUCUCAAGAGAAUGAUUUCCGAUAACGCCAAGACGUUCGUAACUGCGUCCCGAAGAUUAAAGGCUUCAUUUCAAUUUCCCGAAGUUAGACAUCAUAUGGAGAUCAAACGGAUUGAGUGGUCAUUCAAUACUCCUAAGGCCCCUUGGCAAGGAGGAUUCUUCGAACGAUUAGCUAUGUCAGUAAAGCGGUGUCUGAAGAAAAUACUCGGUAAGGCAUGUGUCACCUAUGAGGAACUACUAACUAUACUUACAGAGAUUGAGUGUGUCUUAAAUUCAAGACCAUUAACUUACGUUUCUACUGAAGAUCUCGACGAACCUUUAACGCCAUCACAUCAUCUUUAA